ACCCAGCCGUGUGGUUAUCUAGAAAAAAGUUGCUACACUAAAAGAAACUAUGGCUGUAGGAGACGUUAAAACCGCCCAGGGUCUCAAUGACUUGAACCAAUAUUUAGCUGAGAAAAGCUACGUGUCUGGAUACACUCCUUCUCAAGCUGAUGUUCAAGUAUUUGAGCAAGUUGGCAAGGCGCCGGCCGCUAACCUUCCCCACGUACUACGAUGGUAUAAUCAAAUUGCUUCAUACACUCCGGCUGAACGCAAAACUUGGUCUCAGGGCACCAGCCCAUUGACCGCCGGUGCUAAACCCACGGCUCCCGCCCCAGCAGCGAAAGACGACGAUGACGACGACGUUGAUCUAUUUGGUUCUGGUGACGAGGAAGAGGAUGCAGAAGCUGAACGAAUUCGAGAAGAACGUUUGAAAGCAUAUGCUGACAAGAAGUCUAAGAAACCAGCCCUCAUUGCCAAGUCCUCUAUUCUCCUUGAUGUCAAGCCAUGGGAUGAUGAAACCGAUAUGAAGGAAAUGGAAAACCAAGUACGCACUAUUGAAAUGGAAGGCCUUCUCUGGGGAGCCUCCAAACUUGUGCCUGUUGGGUAUGGCAUAAAUAAACUGCAAAUUAUGUGUGUCAUCGAGGACGACAAAGUUUCUGUUGAUUUGCUGACAGAAAAAAUUCAAGAAUUUGAAGAUUUUGUACAAUCUGUUGACAUUGCUGCAUUUAACAAAAUCUAAACAGCCAUAACAUGUAAUAUUUAUAAGUGCAACUUUUUCAAUUAAAUCACAUUUACAGC